AUGACACAUGGUGGGAAAGGGCCGUCUGAUUUCAUCCAAAGACGUUGCGCAAAAGUUAGCCGAAUUUCUUCAAAAUUAAUAAAGGACUUGCUGGGAGAAGCAAUAUGUGGUCGUACAGAGCGUGACGAAGAAGAUGUGGCGAAAUUGCUGUGUCUUUAUGUGUGCGCCAAGUUAUUUUUCGCAACGACCGGCGAGCAUAUAGGUUGGGCAUUUGUCCGUGUGAUCGACAAACUGGACACAUUGCAACAGUAUGACUGGAGUGCAACAAUAAGGAACACAUUGAUUGGGUCACUGAAUGAGAUGCACAAUAAGCCAGAGAAGGUCACUGGUUGCGUAGUAGCAUUGCUGUUUCUUAUUUGUGAGCAUUCCAACAUCAUCGCUCCAGAACAGCCUGACGUGACACCACGAUUUUGUCGAUGGAACAUUGCAUCCGCUGUGGGUAAACUAAGAGCAAUAAAUUUGUCGUCAGAAGGUUGCUUUGAGGUCCACUGUGCCAAACUUGUUGGGACGAUUAAUGAAUGUCAUAUUCUGAAGGUGCCUGCUGCUGCUAUUGAAACAAAAGAAUGUGGUAGAAUUAGGAUGGAUGUGGAACCACCUGGAGUGUGCGAUGAACGCAGGGCUGUGAUUGAGACAGAUGAUGUUGGCAGCGUGGAGCCAAGCUUCAAUUGUUGGCAGCCGGCGAAAAAAACCAAGGGUGACAUGCAAAUGGAGGGGGGCAAUGACUAUGAUAAUAAAAAUACUGGAACACCAACCAGCAAGGAAAAAGUAGCUGGGAAGCUGGUGUCACGUGGAGAUGUUUUGCCGGUAUUGUUCCCAUAUCUUCUGGAACUGGCCGGCACUCCAGAUGGUGAAGACGUGGGUGAGGAACAAAGAGGGGUGCACAAUGAGCUGAUAACUUGUAAAGUCAGAAUUACUGAAUUAGAGAGCGAGAUCAAUAUGAAAGACGUACAAAUAUGUGAACUGGAACAGCGUGUGGAAACACUGGAAAAACUGCUCGGGCGGCAUGCUGGUAAUUUGUUUGCAAACUUAAAUACUGUGAUUGUGGAUAAGGAAUCUGAAAUUGCCCGGCUCAAAAAGCAGGUUGAUCGAUUGGAGAAAAAAAUAAGCAAUUUGGAAGAUAGUCUUGAUGACCUCGAGGUGCACGAGGUGACACAAUUUGCUGUGAAUGAUGGAUCCAAUCAGCGAACACCAAGUAAUAGUGUGUCAGGGAAAGUGAGUGGGUCUGCCAAUGUGACGAGUUGCGAAAGUGCGCAGCAGUUUGCAUGUCCUACAGGGCAACCCGAAGACGUGCGGAUCAACGAAUUACAACUUGUUGACAAUGACCCUGGGAUUGAAGAUUUGACCGAUGACUUUGCAGAUGGGAUUGUGCAUACAACUGUAGCAAUGGGUGAGGGUAGCUGCAGCCCCAUAAAUGCACAGACAGUAGCUGCUGGCAAUGUAAAAGAUGGCGCAGCUGUCGUUGUUGUAGAAGGUCAUUGCGAACACACAGCAGGUGCAACAAGUUCUGGGCCGAAAAUUACGUCACUUGUGAAAAGGGUGAAGAACAAGGCAAGACGGGAAUUUAGGUUAUCAGACUACGAAUAUCCCGGCAUAUUCGGGCGUACACAGGUAAACACCAAUGUCAGACUUGGUAAAUCAGUUGAACCAGGGGUGAUUUACAGUGUUGAGGACGUCGAGGUGGAGCGUAAAACCUGGAAUGGCUUCGGUCUGAAUAGGCGGCACACUGUGUGGAACAUGCUGAAGGAUGAAGACCGGGAACUACUACAAAGAAUGUACACUUUAGAGGGGGACGGGUUAAUAGUAUGGGAUGGUGGACACAAUGGAAUACAAGUUCAUUUCACGGACAUCAAAGAUUUGGUGCAGCAGAACUCCAUACACGGCAAUGUAAGCUGGUUUCGUGUAACGAAUCGUAGAGUAUUUAUUGAUUCUUUAAUUAUUUUAAAAAAACAUAUGCAAAUCUGACCAUUGCUUCCUUUGUGAAUUGAGUGAUGUGGCAGUCGGAAAGGGCAAAUGAAUUUUAAAACACAGUGAACAAAAUGUAA